UGAGAUUUCUACCUAACAUUAAUUGUCCAAUUGACGCAAUAUAUAGAAUUCAUACUAGCUGAUAGAAAUAGAGAAGGAGGCGGACUAACAAGAUUCCCUUGUGUACGCACCAAGAAACAUUUUUUCAUCAUACUUUAAAAAAAACAUGGAUGACCAGGAUUGCAUUUUUCUUAAGUUCACACUAGAGCUUCUUUUCCAAUCACAGUUCCUACUUGACUAGACACACCAUUUUCUUUGUGAGUCAAUUAUUCUGUUAUCCCAUAACUAUAAUAACACAGAUAUUGUUGUUAAACUUGGGCAAAGAAGAAGACAUAUAUCUCUGAGUCAAGUGACUCUUAAUCAAGCCAAAACCCCUCUCUUCAGAAAAAUGGGCCUUUUUCAACUUUUCCCAAUGGCUACAAUCCUUGUAUCACUUCAUUUCCAGAUAAUUUUCUAUGUUUCCAAUAUUCCCCUGGCCUUUGCUCAAAAUGAAAACCAAUUCAUCUACAAUGGCUUCCUUCAAGCCAAGCUGCAUCUUGAUGGAUCUGCUAAAAUUACCAGCAAUGGCCUACUGCUGCUAACCAAUACCGUAAACAAUUCAUACCCGCAAGUUGGUCACGCUUUCUUCCAAUUUCCUUUAAAAUUCAACACAACUUCCUCAGGUUUAAGUCCAUCUCUCUCAUUUUCUACAAACUUUGUAUUCGCCAUUGUUCCACAAGUGCCAAAUGUUGGAGGUCACGGCAUGGCCUUCACCAUCAGUCCAUCAAGUAACUUUACCAACGUUGUAGGAAAUCAGUAUCUAGGACUGUUCAAUUCUUCAAAUGAAGGCCUUACUUCAAACCACAUUUUGGCCAUCGAGCUUGACACUGCUCUGAAUCCAGAAUUUGGAGAUAUUGAUAAAAAUCAUGUGGGAAUCGAUGUGAAUAGCCUGAACUCAACUGAUUCAGCUUCUGCAAUGUAUUUUUCCAAUAAAGAAGGGAAAAAUAUAAGCUUGGGGCUCACAAGUGGGAAUCCAAUGCAUCUUUGGAUAGACUAUGAUGAGGCAGAAAAGUUACUGAGUGUAACACUAGCCCCGAAAGGAAUCCCAAAACCAAACCGGCCUCUGAUGUCAAAACCUAUUGAUCUGUCUCAGUAUCUCUUGGAAUCUAUGUAUGUUGGUUUCUCUUCAGCCACUGGCACACUUGUUACAAGCGACCACUAUGUUCUUGGAUGGAGCUUUAAUAAAAGUGGACAAGCACAAAGCCUUGAUGUUUCGAAGCUUCCUCCACUUCCUCAACAACGGAAAACAAAAGAGAUACCGGUACUAAUGAUCAUGGUUUUGGUCAUAGCAGUAAUACUUGUGCUAAUAACAAUUACUGGAGCUGCUUACAUUAUAAGAAGGAAGAAGUAUGAAGAAAUACGUGAAGAUUGGGAACGGGAGUAUGGUCCUCACAGGUUCAUCUAUAAGAAUCUCUACAAAGCAACCAAAGGUUUCUUAGACAAAGAGCUUCUUGGAGCAGGAGGUUUUGGAAAGGUUUAUAGAGGAAUUCUUCCUUCUUCCAAUAUACAAAUUGCAGUCAAGAAAGUCUCCCAUGAUUCAAAACAAGGGAUGAAGGAAUUUGUGGCUGAAAUCAUUAGCUUGGGCAGGCUGAGGCACAGGAACUUGGUGCAGCUCCUAGGAUACUGCCGGCGACAAGGUGAACUCCUUUUGGUCUAUGAUUAUAUGCCAAACGGAAGCCUUGACAAGUUCUUAUAUAGCAAUGAAAAACCAAACCUUAACUGGCUCCAACGAUUUCGAAUCCUCAGAGGAGUAGCAUCUGGCCUGCUUUACCUUCAUGAAGAUUGGGAACAGGUUGUUCUACACAGGGAUAUAAAAGCAAGUAAUGUUCUAUUAGAUGCUGAAUUAAAUGGAAGACUAGGAGAUUUUGGACUUUCCAGAUUAUAUGACCACGGUACCAAUCCUCAAACAACCCAUGUGGUUGGGACUGUGGGUUAUUUGGCUCCAGAGCUUACUAGAACAAGAAGGGCAACCACUUGCACUGAUGUGUUUGCUUUUGGGGCUUUCAUGCUUGAGGUGGCUUGUGGAAGGAGGCCUGUAGAGCAACAAGGACUUACUGAAGAGGUAAUAUUGGUUGACUGGGUGUUUGAGUGCUGGAGAAAAGGAUCAAUCCUUGAUGCAAGUGAUCCUCGAUUGGAAGGUAAUUAUGUGGUGGAGGAAAUGAAGUUGGUUUUGAAACUAGGCCUGCUUUGCUCACAGUCAAUGCCAGCAGCUAGGCCUAGUAUGAGGCAAGUGACGCAGUUUUUGGAUGGCAAUGCUAAUCUGCCAGAAUUACCAAAUGAAGGUGGUUGUUUUAGUACCUUUAAAGGUAAUGAAGCGUUUGAUUUCUUAUUGUCGAUUCCGUCAACAUCUGGCAAGGGUUCUGCUGCUUCCUUGUCUAGCACUGAUUCAAUCCUCAUAAGCGGUCGCUGAAUUAGUUGUGUAUCAUGCAAUUUUUAGAAUAGACUUUGGAUCAAUGCUUGGGAUAGUUGGGACCAAUUCAACCAGUGGCAAAUUGAAAACUUACUGAUUGCUUGGGGUUGUAGAAGUGAAAAUAGAAACUUUUGAAGCAUAAUGUUGUAUAUAGUCUCGUUUGCUUAAUAUAGAAAUUGCAGUUAAUUUUUAGUCUACUUAUCCUCUACUUUGUACCACGAUAAGAUUAGUUCUAUUGUUGUAAGCUGUAUAGAUCAAUAGUUAUGCAGUAUAUUGCAGA